AUGGAUCAAGGUUGUACGAUUUAUUAUGGGAAAGAUGCGUGUGAAUCCGUAAUGGCCCUGAAGCCGAGUUAUUGGGGAAGCAAGCGAUUUAGAAGCUGUACAGUUGUUGCAAAUGAAGGGGGUGCGAUAACUUUUCAUGCCAUCGUAGACUCACGAAUGUUACAAAAAGAUCAUCAGAAGCUGUCAACCCCUUACAUGCUUUGGGUUCUGAAUCGACAGUUAAAUUUGGAUUCUGAAGGAUGCCGAACUUUGGCAGCUACACUUAUUCAGGAUUACACAUCCACACAUUUACAAAUGCCAUCGGUUUCAGCGUUUACUGUAGCCGGGACUAACAAGGAAGACUUUUGUGAAAAUAUCAAGAACCGAGUAUUUUUGGGGCGAGUCCGCAUUUAUAGUUGUCAUUAUGUUGGAAGUUACGAAAAGCCUUUGCACACAGAGCUUGUGCGACUGAGCGUUAUCACUUUGACGGAGCCGAUAACAAGGCCUUGGUUUGUGAGGCUUUUGAACGAACUCAACACCGGAUUUCCACGAUGUCGAUAUAAUCUGAUGCCAUAUGUCUGCCAACCCAACACUCCCGGUUGUCAAACAAGAGCGUCCUAG